GGUCGCACACGGGCAGGACGGUGUUGGGUAGAGACUGUCAAGUGCAUGGAAUGGGAAGCUGCAUUGGUCAGCCAUGGUCGGGCUUCAAGACUUGCCGGAUGAUGUGCUCCGUCGGAUAUUUGAGCUACUGGAUCUGACGACUCGCUGCCGUUUGGAAACCCUGUGUCGUCGGUUCCGUGACCUGCUUGUCACAUGGCCCGUCCACAUCAGUGGCCAAGAGGUUCCGGGCCUCGGCAUGCAUGCCAUCCGCGGGAUCUUGGCGCAACAUCGCAAUGUCGUAUCCUUUAGCUGUCAAGGCAUGGACAUUGAUGAGCUGGCACCUGAUCUGGUCCAUCUGCUCGCCCGAAAAGCCCCUGAUUUACAGGAGCUACACAUGAACUUUGUUGACUGGAGCAAUGCGUUUGACGUGCCCAACGCUCUUUUCACAUGUCUGGCCUACUUUCCACGGCUACACACUUUGGCUUUAAAUGGCGUGCGCAUGGAAGACUGUGAUAUCUCCAUCGAUGACAAUCAACUGAGGUCUCUUCGUGGCCUCCAUUUGCAGGCGGCAGGCUUGUGCCCUCAGGCCGUGGCUGUUCUGCUACGGUUUUGCAAACUGCAAAGCCUGAAUCUAGACGAUGUUCUACCUUUGCAGGAUCGGGACAUCAUUACCAUCCUAACCAAUAAUCCAGAUCUCGAAAGUCUGCUGCUGGAUGGUGAUGACACGAGCAGUGCUGUGCUGCCUCACCUUGGAGCUCUGAGGCGAUUGCGACGCUUGAGCAUCUCCUUCUGCGAGUCCUUUACCGAGUUGACCCCGUUACAUGCGUCUGAGCAGCUUCAGUGGCUCCGCCUGCGCAAGCUUGCCCUUUGUCCGUCACCGCGCGUGUGUGACUUGCUGCACAACCUCUGCAACUUGACACGACUAGACUUGCUCGAGGGCGUUCACGUGGAUGAUCAUGUGGUUGCUGUUCUGGCGAGUCGAUGCCUGCGGCUUGAAUAUCUAGUGCUGGCGUGGUGCUGGCAAAUCACAGACCAUGGCGUUCAGGUUCUGUGCCGAAAUCUGCCGCAACUGCGGGUUCUUGAUUUGACGGGUCUCAAGGUCUUGACCGACGAUUGCUUGAGCCCCCUUGAGGACCUGGCGUGUUUACCGCGACUGCAGGAGCUCUGCUUUCGAUAUGUCAAUGCUGUAUCGAAUGCCAAGCUUCUCGAGCUUACAGAGGGACGCCCAGAGUUGGUGGCCAUUGACUACUACGGCAAUUCGGUCACGGCUGUGGAGGAUCUGGACUUUGGUUACUUUACCCGCGACAUCUUUGCCGAUGACCUCGAUGUUAAGAUUGCUGCCACCCGCGCCGCGGUGACUCGUGCCACGUCCUAAAGUCUGCCGCGUGUCAAACCAGAUGGAAUUUAAAGAAUAGGUG